AAUCCCUAUCAUUCAAAUACAACAUUUUUAUAACGGACAGUGUAUCGAACGCUUCUGACUACAUCGUGGUCGGUUAAGGGUGUGGCCACGGGAAUUGAGUCCCGUUUUUAGUGUGAUAAGUGUGUAAAAUAGUGGCACUAUGGGUUUUAAAGGACUUUUAGUUGCUGUUUUGCUGAUUGUGUGCUGCAACGCCCAGGACAUCGGAGUAUGUAUCCCGUCUGAUCCCGACCUGUGUCAAAAUAUCGAACGAGAUGGAAGCCCAGCCGUGUGCAGAUCGGCCAACACCAGGAUCGACUGCGCUUUGACUAUGGGCCGAGGACAAGCAGAUGUUGCCGUUUUCUCUGAGGAAGAAAUGGUCCUUCUCUCCCACCAGCAGCCAAACGACCAUCGUGUGGUAGCUUCUAUCCGAGACGUGUCUAGGACUGCAGAGCCGUUCGCCUUCGAAGCCGUGGCAGUGGUACCGGCGAGCCACACUGGGGGUCUGGACGGUCUGCGAGGAGGAAGAUACUGUCAUCCUGGCUUAGACCAGACCGAGCUGCGCUGGUCUCCACGCGUUCUAAAGACCUUGGAGCGAGCUGCUGCUCGCACAGACCGCUGCCCAGGAGCGACCACCGCUGGCAGAACUGCCGAGGAGUUGGAAGUGGAAACCCUGUCCCAGUUCUUCGGUAGUGCCUGCCGCCCUGGACCCUGGAGCGCUAACGUCACUGUUGAUGCAGAUCUUAAAAAACGUUUCCCAUCACUGUGCUCCCUCUGUGGCGUGAAUUCCUCGUGUUCACGAUACACCAUCGACAUGGGCAUCACUGUUGCUGGUAUCAAUAACAACAACAGACACAUCCAAGCCCUGGAGUGUCUGCGCAGCAACAACAACGGUACUGUCGCGUACGUCGCUUGGCAGCACGUCCGGGAGUUCUUCAAUAUUCGCAAUCCUGCGCUGGCAACAUCAUUCGCGCUGCUAUGUGAAGACAACUCUUUAAGGGUUCUCACGUCGGAGUUGUUGGCAUCAACAACUGCACCUUGUUCCUUCGUCAAACAACCCUGGAGAGCGAUAGUAGCAUCUGCUUCAAGAGCCGCAGAAAUCCAAGCCAACCUACAAGCUUGGUGGCCCAAUGGCGUCGACCCUGGUGGCAACUCUUGGCAAACCAACCUGUAUACCGCUUUGGUGGGGGGCAGUAACGCUCGCGUCACUUUUCAGGAAACUCUGCAAACACCACUAGAAUACACACAAGGAUUCCGUAAUUUAACCACAAUCGACGCUUCCUCAUCAUGUCUGCCUGUCCAUCGUUGGUGCACCGUCAACUCUCAAGAGCAUGCCAAGUGUAUGUGGUUACGAAACGCAGCCUUCGUACUUGGCAUCGAACCAGUGAUCUCCUGCCAGAUGAGAGCGACCGUCUUUGAAUGCCUCGCAGAUAUAAGAAAUAAUGCCGCUGAUUUUAUAGCCACGAAAGCUAACUACGGAUUUCUUGCAAGACAACACUACAAACUAUCGGCAGUGAAGCUGGUACAGAACUCACGCAGCAACCCCGCGUCGUUCUCGCGCGUGGUAGCGCUGGUCAAAGCCAGCUCCGCUGAGAGUGACAUCACUCGCUUCGAGAACCUUCGCGGCAAGAGGGCUUGCUUCCCGGAGUUUGGCGGCAUCUCAUACAUGGCUUUCGUGCGCACGGCCCAAGAGCGCAGCGUGAUCAGCCGCUCGGAGUGUGACUACGCCCGAGCCGUAGGCGAGUUCUUUGAUAGUGCAUGCGCGCCCGGUGCUAUGGCCAAUUCACAUGCACUUGGUGAAAGCAGUUUCAACGCAACAAACUUGUGCACAGCAUGCCGAUCCUCCGUAACGGUUGUGGGGGGUGACAAUUUUACGUGCGCAUACAACCACACAAACUUGUUCUACGGCAACAACGGCACGCUGUCCUGUCUGGCGCAGCCGGAAAACCACGUCGCUUUCCUAGAGCUGGAGAGUGAUAAAAUACAGGAUCAACUCCUUGCAUCGAAUCUCCCAAACAACUCAGUCCGAGCACUCUGCAGAAACAAUACUCUCGCACUCUCCACUGGUGUCGCAAUCGACUCGAACUGUCUGCUGGCCUUUGUCGUGGACUCCGAGGUGCUUGCUCGAAGAAAUGACAUAACCAACAGCAUCAAUACUCUACUAGACACUUUAGACUUCUACUUCGGCUACAACAUCGGUUCCAGUUCACAGUUAAUCAACCUAAGGAUGUAUUCACCAUUCGACGGUAGACGGGAUUUGUUAUUCCUGGACACCGCUCAAGGUCUAUCAGAGCCAUCCAGCGACGCGGACAACGAACAAGCGAGGAACUACAAUGAGUUGUUCAGACAUUUAGAAACUUGUACGGGUGCUGCGGCACCGGUGCCAGGGUUGGCACAUCGUAACUUUUUCUCUAUUCUGACUUUCGUGAUGUCUGUGAUCUUUACCCGCUACGUUAUUUACUAAAUCUAUGUAAUAAAUCUACACAACCCCAUUCACAAAACAUUAAUUUUUCUACUGCACUUUUUUACAGGAUAAGUAGGUAAUCUUAUUGAAUAAAAGUAGUGCAUACAUUGAGUAUAGAAACAGUUCACACGGUUAAAACUGUGUACGUUUUCAAACAAACGUUUGUUUCUUUUUAAAACAAGAGUGAAUAGGCACCUUCUAGGUAAACGCGUCCCAUCUUAGACCACAUCAUCACUUUCCAUCAGGUGUGAUUGUGGUCAAGCGCUUGCCUAUAGUGAAUAAAAAAAAACCGACUUUUUUCAAAACAACGUGUGAAUGGUUCUUAAUUCAAAGUAUGCGCUACUACCUAGUACUAUAAGACAUUCGGCAAAAAGUGUGGUGUUAAUGCCGUGUGAAUACUGUAUUCUGGCGAUAUUCAAAUUCAAAAUAUUUUUAUUCAAUUAGACUUUUAUAAGUACUUUUGAAUCGUCAAGAGCAUCUACCACUGGUUCAGAAUGCCUUUCCUACCGAGAAGAAGCAGCAAGAAACUCGGCGGUUGCUCUUUUCAAAGAUUUGAUAUACAAUAUCGAAUACAAUAUAAAUCAAAGCGUGGUUCUUAAGCGUUAAUAGAUGGACUGAUUUCCUACCUAUUUUUAACGUGCAUUUACGCGCUGCUUUCCUACAAAAUCGAUGCGUAUAAUGAAAAGGUAGCUUUAGUUUCAGGAGAAAAGGGUUAUUAAUCAUGUCUAGCAUGCAUUGUUCAUAAAAUAAAAAAAAAACAAAAAUAGGUUUACAAAAUAUAUUUUUCUACAUUUUUAUUGCAUUUACUUAUAUGACAAUACAUUUUUCGUACCAAAUAAAUACUUAAAUGUCUGUUUUAACCAUCGAUGUAUUUUAACAGUCUUGGUGCAGUACUUUUCUAGCUUUAAUUUCUUCCAGAAAAAAAUAUUUUUCUAGAAAAGCUCUAGUUAAUGUCAUUAACUAAUGAAACAUUCAACUAACCAGUGAAACUAUGUAUGAGAGAACACAAAUAACUUUUAUAUUUCAUAAGUGUAUUAUUAUGUUUGUAUGUAUGUUAAGGACAGUUUUUCAGUUAUAAUGCUUUGUAGAGUCACCAAAUUUAAUCCUCAGUAAUAUAAAAUGUUUAAAUUGUAUACUUACAAUAAUUUCAUUUACUUACUAAUUAUUACACACUAAGUAAAAUUAUUAAUACACAUUUUUACGUGCCAAUUUUAAAGUGAAAUAUUUCUACAUGACAACUAAAUCUCUUUGUCAUGUAAAAAAAGUUUCUGCAAAUAAAUAAAUAAUUAGGAAUAUUAUUAUAUGAAAUUAAAUAUACAUAUUAAAGUUAGGUACAUUAAGAGAGGCAAUAAUCAAGGUCCGCAGUUAUAAAAUUUCCAUAUUAGUAAGAUAUUACAUUAAUAAUUAAUUUUACUGAACACUAUAUAAAUAUACCUUUAUAAUAAAACGUAAGGCUCGCGUUUAUAUGUAUUUGUUGUGUGACGCAUGUGUAUGGUAUAAAUAAAAUACUUUUUUAA